CCGCUUGGCUCGUCACCCCUCCCUGGCCCAAGGCGGGGGCGGGGGACGGGCAGGCAGAACCGCACCCCCCCCUCCUCAAAUCCCACCCCCCGAACCCCCCAAACCACCCCCCCACACCCCCCCCACACCCCCCCCCGCGAUGCUGCCGGGACCCCGACACGCUGGACUGUCGGACAGAAAAAUGACAGUUUCCUCAUGCUCCUGCCUCCCCCGCGUCACCUCCAGCCCCGUUUGGGUCACAAUUUUCUUUUUCGGCGCUCACGUCCGGGAGCUGGGCUGCGCCCGGUUCCGAGUCCUGGGACCCGACCGGCCCAUCACGGCCGCCGUGGGAGAAGACGUCGUGCUGCCUUGUCACCUCUCGCCCGGGCUCGACGCCGAGAACCUGGAGGUGAGGUGGUUCCGCACCCGUUUCUUGGUCUACGUCCACCUCUACCGCGGCGGGCAGGACCACUACUCCUCCCAGAUGCCCGAAUACCAGGGGAGGACGGAGUUUUUGAAAGAAGGCCUCUCCGUUGGGAACGUCUCCCUGAAGAUCCUCAGGACCGGGCUGAGCGAUGAAGGGCAGUAUCAGUGCCUCGUCAAAGACGGGGAUUUUUACGAAGAAGCCGCGCUGGAGCUGAAGGUGGCAGUUUCAGGUUCCAGCCCCAUCCUCUCCGUGGAGGAUUACCAAGACGGGGGAAUCCGAGUUGGGUGUCGAGCAACGGGCUGGUACCCAAAGCCCGAGAUGUUGUGGAGAGAUUUCCAGGGCCAGCAGCUCCCGUCCUUCGCCGAAUCCGACACCCAAAACCACGACGGCUUCUUCGAGGUGGAGAAGUCCAUCGUCAUCCAAAGAAACACAAACCAAAACGUGUCCUGUUCCGUCAGGAGCACGCGGCUUCCCCAGGAGAAGGGCUCGACCAUUUCUAUAUCAGACCCCCUUUUCCCAAAGGCCUCUCCCUGGAUGGCAGCUUUGUUCGUGACCUUGGCUGCCUGCUUGGCCUCGCUGGUUGUCUGCGCUCUUCUUGUCUUACGGCUACGAGCCCAACACGCCGCAGAACUCGAGAAACGCGAUGCCGAAAUCCGUCAUCGCGACAUGGAAAUACAGAAACACUCCGCAGAACUGCGGUGGAGAAACGCCGUCGUCCCGGUGGAAGAAGUGCACGUCACGCUGGACGCGGACACGGCGCACCCCCAGCUCGUCCUCUCGGCGGGUGGGAAGCGCAUCCGUCGCGGGGACACGCGGCAAGCCGUGCCGGAUAACCCCGGGAGAUACGACACCUACCACUGCAUCCUGGGCCGGGAGGGAUUCGGCGCGGGGAGGCACUUCUGGGAGGUGGACGUGGGGACGGAGGAAGGAGGGGUCUGGGCCAUGGGGGUGGCCAAGGAGACCAUGAAGAGGAAGGGGUGGAUCAACCCGGCUCCUCAAGACGGGAUCUUGGCUCUCUUCCACUGCGGGGGCAAGUACUGGGCCCUGACGUCCCCGGACCACACGGCCCUCGCCCUCGCCCAGACGCCCCGGAGGAUUCGGGUCUACCUGGAUUUUGAGGGACAGCAGGUCGCCUUCUUCAACGCCGACAGCCAAGACCUGCUCUUCACCUUCCCGCUGGCCCCGCUGAACGGGGAGAGGAUCCGGCCCUGGUUCCGCGUGGGGCCCAUCGCCCAGCUCACCCUGAAGUCACCCCCUUCUUCGUCCCCCGACGUCCCCGGCUUGGAGGAUCCUCUGCACCCCUCGUGCUUCUCCCUGCCGAGCCGCUCACCGCGGCGGCGGGUCCCGCACCCACCGGAGAGCGGGACGUGACCAGGGCGGGGAACCCCACCAGCAGCCACGAGCAAUGCCCAGGACUCUUCCAGUCGCCUCGCGCCAUCCCGGCGCCCCGAGACUCUUCCAGUUGCCUCAUGACACCACGACAUUCCAAGACUCUUCCAGUUGCCUCAUGACACCACAACAUCUAAAGAGUCUUCCACGUCACAUCUAUACCGCCCCGGUGUCCCAAGACUCUUCCGGUCUCAUCACGCCACCACGACAUUCCAAGAUUCUUCCAGUCGCAUCAUGACAUCACGACAUCCCACGACUCUUCCAGUCUCAUUGCGCCAUCUCGGCAUCCCCAAGACUCUUCCAGUUGCCUCAUGACACCACGACAUUCCAAGACUCUUCCAGUUGCAUCAUGGCACCACGACAUCCCAUGACUCUUCCAGUCUCAUUGCGCCAUCUCAACAUCCCCAAGACUCUUCCAGUUGCAUCAUGACACCACGACAUCCAAAGAUUCUUCCAGUCUCAUUGCGCCACCACGGCAUUCCAUGACUCUUCCAGUUGCACCAUGACACCACGACAUCCCACGACUCUUCCAGUCUCAUCGUGCCAACACGGCAUUCCAAGAUUCUUCCAGUCUCAUUGCACCAUCUCGGCAUCCCCAAGACUCUUCCAGUUGCAUCGUGACACAAUGACAUCCGAAGAUUCUUCCAGUCUCAUCGCGCCACCACAACAUCCCACGACUCUUCCAGUCACAUCAUGACAUCACGACAUCCCACGACUCUUCCAGUCUCAUUGCACCACCACGACAUCCCACGUCUCUUCCAGUCUCAUCGCGCCAUCUCGGCAUCCCCACGACUCUUCCAGUUGCGUGGUGCCACGAUGGGGGGGGGGUGUGUCUCCCUUCCUCUGGCAGGAGGAUUCACGGUGCUCGUUCCUGAUGUGUGUGUCGUCCCCCCCCCGGGGUGUUGCAAUAUCGUCGCCUGUAUUUACAAAAAAAAAAAGUUAUUUCAAUAAAA